GUGAACACGAAGUCUUGCGUUCUUCGAAAAUGUGCCGCGUCAGCCGUCUGGCUGAGCGAUCACAAAAUCGCAUAAAGAGAUAUUGGUGUUGAGCUCAUUCAUACUCAUGAAUGAAAUGUGAUUUGUGGAAUGGAAGUGUCAAAAUCGAGUGUUAAGAAUUGUGUGUACAUUUUUGUGAAUAUCUGAAGUGCAUUGCAAAAGUUAGGGACUUGGCCAAGCAUUAAGUGACUUGGCUGAACAUUCACCUAUCUCACCGCCACAGUCUGUUGUUAUAAAACAUCCGCGGGGAAAGCUGAUCAAAAGCUAUGGAAAAACUUUUUAUUUUAAAUGUUUGCAAUUCGUUACGCAAGAAGAAACCGGAAGUAGCAGUUGAUGACAUUGUGAACUUAACAACAAAAUUAAAUGGGUUCGCCGCCACAAGUGUUUACAGCGUACUGUUCAGGUUCCAUAGGCACAUCUUUAAGAACUCUCAACAACGUCCUAACAGAAGGCAAACAAAGAACCCGACAGAGCACCCUAUAUGGACGAGGACUCUGAAAAUUGGCAAAUCGUUCACGUAUGAGCUGAAUGUGCACCGGUACUCAUGGAAAAUAAUUUGAGCCGGGCGCUGGAAGCAUCAUCACCGACACAUUGCCCCAUUUUAGGGUAGGGCAAACCCCUUCCGGAUGUGCACCUAACCUAUACAUCCAUGUCUUACGCCGGAUUUCAACCAGCAAUCCUCAGUGCUUGAAGACUAGUGCUCUAGCCAAUUGGCUACCAGGGCCAGGGUCAGCUGAAAAGAAUUGGAUGUCCUAAAUCUGACUUGUGUGGACGUGUUCAAAAUGUUUGAUUAUCGGCAAGUAACAUUACGCACACCCAUGGCUCUGGAGUCAAAUACUUGGCUUACAUCAAAUAAUACAGCUGCUGGGGCUGGUAGAGAGCAACAACAGCAGCAACAGCAGCAACAGCAACAACCACAGCCACAACAGCAGCAGCAACCACAGCAACAGCAGCAGCAGCAGCCCCCACAACCACAACCCCAACCCCAGCAGCAACAGCAACCCCCACCUCCACCUCCUCCACAACAGCAGCAGCAACAGCAACAACAGCAACAGCAGCAGCCACCUCCACAACCUCCUCAACCCCAACAACCACCUCCACCUCAACAGCAGCAACCACCACCACCACCUCAACCACAACCCCAACAACAACAGCAGCAACAGCAGCAUACUGGUGUUGUGAAGGCUCGAGAGGAUGCUUUAGUUCAGGUCGCCCAACAUAAUCAAAACUUUGUUACGCAGGAGGAUGUCAACCAGGGUCAACAGCGUGGUUUGCUUAAAAUCCCAAAUUCAGUUGGGAAAUGCUCGAUGUUUACGCAAACUGAGCAGACUAAUAGGUUUACCCAAACAGAACAGCCUUCUGCUCGAUACAGUGGCAGUUGUUUAGAGCCUACUUCAAAUGCUGUGAACUGUAAGACUGAACCAACAACUAUUUUUGAUCCUACAGCCAUGCAGCAACAAGGCACUAAUACACAAAUGUAUGCUGGAAAUGAUAAGAGUAAAGAACCAGACAAAGGCGGAAAUAACCCGACAAAUGAAUUCCCUUUCUGCUACAAUGUCAACAUGCUCCAGAAAGUACACCAGCAACAGGGAGGUGCUGGUGUUCCAGUGGGUGGCAUUGGAGGAGACGAUAAAGGAUGUUAUCGUUUUGAUGUUGCCCAACCUUUUAGUUAUAAUUAUGCAUUGGUGAAUCAGAUGUCUCUUGCUGCUGCUGCAUCAACUGCAACAUUUAAGUGUGAUGUCUGUGGUCUUGCUUUCACCCAUCUCUCCCUUUUAAACCAUCACAAACGAAUACAUAAUACAGCUAAUGUAUCAAGUGGAGGAACUCCAAACACCAAUGCCAAUGAACGUCAGUAUACGUGUGAUAUUUGUGGUGCCAGCUUUAAUUUACCUGGGGAGUUAAAAAGCCAUAAAAAUGGAAUGCAUGGCAAGAAUAGUCAGAAUCAGAAUCAACAGCAUACUCAAAUGAAGUGCUGUGAAUCUUGUGGUGUGGAAUUGGGUUGUGAUCAUCAAAGUGGAAACUGCAGUCCUGGUAAAGGAAAGAAAAAUGGUAAGUUUGUUAAGUGUGAAUCAUGUCAAGAAAUGAAUGCCCCUGCUACAAAUGUGGGAGGAGCACCCACACCUCCUUAUAGUGCUGCAAGUGCUCCCCCACCAGAAGCUGCACACAACACCGUUCUGAACAAUCCAGGUAACCCCGGUAACCCUGGUAAUCCAGGUGUCAUUACAAUAAAACCAGGUCAUCAUCCAGUGAAGCGCAGAGGUGUUGCAAGUGUGACAAAAUGUCAUAAAUGCAAUGGCUCGGGCAUCAUCUUCAUUGGGGGAACACGUAAUAACACAGGAGUUGAUAAACCAUUUCAUUGCAAUGUGUGUGAUGGCACGUUUUCUCGGUAUUCUAGUUUAUGGAGCCACAAACGGUUGCACAGUGGGGACAAACCGUUCAAAUGUGAGAUCUGUGGUCUUGCAUUCGCGAAAGCGGCAUAUUUGAAAAACCAUGGCCGUGUUCAUACUGGCGAGAAACCUUUCAAGUGUGCCGUUUGCGGGAUGCAAUUCUCGCAGUCUCCCCAUCUAAAGAACCAUGAACGGAUUCAUUCUGGUGAACGUCCAUACCAAUGUGAGGUGUGCGAUAAGACGUUCGCACGGCACUCCACACUGUGGAACCACCGUCGCAUCCAUACGGGGGAAAAACCAUAUCGAUGCGAUGUAUGUGGCUCUGCCUUUAAUCAGGCAACUCACCUUAAAAAUCAUGCAAAGGUUCAUACUGGUGAGAAACCACAUCGGUGUGAUAUUUGCGAUGUGGGUUUCUCAGAUCGGUUUGCUCUGAAGCGGCAUCGUAGCAUUCAUGAGAAGUAUGGCCGAACAUCAGCAACCAACACAAGCACCACUAAUGCAAAUGCAACUCAGAACAAUAAUCAAGGUGCUCCAAAUGCUAAUAAUGUCAGUGUUAGUGUGAACAAUGUCAGUGUGAGUGCUGGUACAAACACUAACCCUGCAGCUAAUUCCAAUCCUAACCAACAAGCUAGUAUGGAUGAGUUAUAUAAGUGUGAAGUUGGAGGCCCUAUUGCAUUUCCAGGUUGUUCACGACCACAUGAUGAGAAACAAUGAGAAACAACCAUUGCCAUGGCUAGUAGCAACGUUUCAGGGCCCAGAUAUCAAGAACUAAUUAUUCAAGGAGGGUUAUGAAUAUUUGUUGCUCCUUCAUUCCCCUCUCCAGUAGACAACUAAUAAUUACAAAUUGCCAUAUUGAGUAUCUUGAUCCUGAUUUUAAUAAUUUAUCUUGUGCCAUGUAGAAAUUUAGAUUUAGAGAUCAUUUGUGUCAGAAAAAGGUGUCACAAACUUUACCCAUUUUAAGAAAUUUCAAAUGUUUAACAAAUUAUGUAAAGAAUCAACCUUUUAUUAAUGAUUGGCCAAUAUCCUAAUUCUUUACUAAUGCAGGUGAGCAAAGCUAAAGCACUAGCGCAGGCCUGCCUGAGCUAGAUUUAGGACAUCAUGUUGGGGGCCAUUUCUUUCCUUCUCCUUUCCAUUCUUCCCUCUCCUCUGUGAACAUGCCACACCCACCACCAUGUACCUAGUCUUCCCAGAACUGAGCUUUAAGAAGUAUUGCACAUGGCCCUGGUGGCCCAAGGGCUCCUGUUUUGAGUAGCUGUGCACUAUGUGUUUGCCCCAGUUCUGUAAAAUGUGUCAAGUGUGCUUUUUCUGUUUUUGUUGGGCAAUCUAAAAUGAAAUUCUAUUAGACACCAUACUAUAUUGAUUUGUCAUGUGGCCACCUCGUUUGGAGCCUCUUGAAUUGAAUAGUAUUCCUUAUAGAGGGUUUACAAAUUUUAUUUUUGAAUCAUGCUGCCAUCAUUCAUUCAUAUGAUCAAGAGGGAUACAGUGAAGUCUCACUAUAAAGGCAGCUCCACACAUUUGCUAUUCGGUGAGUAGCAAGCAACCACUCGUCGAAUCUCAAGAUUGUGAAUGAGUUGCUUGCUAUUUGCCAAGUGGCAAGCAUCUGGUGCUCAUCCUACUCACCGUGUGUUGAUUUUUUGUUCACAUCAAAAGAAGCAAACAUUGCCAAACACAUCAGUUGUGCUGGAUUGGGUGAGCUGUUUGGCGAAUACCAAAUAUGUGGAGUUGCCUUAACAGUUACACCGGGGACUGAAAACAAUGGCUGUUGGUGGCAUUUCUGCUCUACAGAGAUUCUGAGGAGUGUUCUAUGAAGAAAUGUCCAUUCAGAGGGGUUUCAUUGUAUUUUGAAGACAAAGGAAAAAAUUAUUGUAAACAGGCCAGGUUAGAUAGCUUUAGUUUCCAGGAAAAAUUAUGUUAACUGGUGAAAAUCAACAUAAAAUAUGUAAAAAGACUUGAUGCAAGACUGUGUAUUUCAAAUAUUGCUAUUUCUUCAUCUAUCAGUCCCAUCCAUUUGUUUGAAAUUAGUUCAAGGUAAAAUACAUUUGAAAGAUUACAUUCUGGUAGAUAAUAUUUCCGUUGAGUGACGAAUUUUCUUUCUUUUUUUCUCCUGGUGCUUUAUUUCAUAUUUCUUACUUUUUAUUUUUAUUUUACUCAGGAUCAAGAUGCUUAAUUUGUUGAACUUGUUAAUUUAAUUUGCGUAUUGAGUUUCAAUUUUGAUGCAGGCCAUAGAGCUAUUUCACAGCAGUUUUAACAAUAUAGAUUUUCUGAAAAAUGUUGAUGGCAAUUGACACCUUAUGAAGACCAUUUUAAAAGUCUACAGCAACUUGAAUGCCUGACAGCAAUGAAGGCUUUCACCAACUUUUUAUGGUAAUAGAGGUGUUGGCAAAUUAUUGCUGGCCCAUUUUUAAAUGAAGUGUUUGAAUUCUCCUACUUGUGUGUUAAACCAAAUUUUAUUGCUUCAAUUCAAUAAGAUUUCUUUGCAUUCGGCUAAUUUUGUAAUAAUUUGUUUAUGAAUAAAAAACAACAAAUUGCUAAAAACCAAUCACGUAUGUAGUAUAUUAGGGAAAAGUUUAUAGUGUUUAGAUACUUGUGUUUUUACACAGUCCUAACUAACUACUUAUCAUUAUGUAUUGUAGUUAAAGUCGUUAAAAAAAUAGACAUUUUCAUGGUAUUAAAUAACAAAAAUGUAUUGUUAUUUGGAGUGAAAGUAAUAUUUUAAUUCUCCUUAGGAGUUUCUGCGACUGAAAGGAAGAGCAUGACCCGAAAAUACUUUGUUUUACUUAUGCUUUAAUGGUUAAGUGUGAAUUGUUGAAUUUCAGAAGAAAUCAAUUAUUCUUUUUGAACAAUUAUUGUUUUUUCUCAACAUUAAUUCAACAUUCAAUAACAAUUUAUCUGUUAUUCACCAAUACUUUAUGCUUUUUAUAAAUGAAACAAAAAAUACAAAUACAAUUCAUAUUUAGUUUUUCAUAUACGUUAAGCAUUCAAAUGUAGAACAAAAAUAUAAUAAUUGAAUUCAUUUUCACAUUAUUACUCUCUGGCUGGCAUGAUGUAAUGCACAUAUUUACAAUUGAAAAAUUUCUUGAAUGGUACUUCUGUAACUGCCCCCCCCCCACACACACACACACACACACACAUACAUAUCUUAAGCAGUUAAAAUUCUUUGAUUCUUAUAAUGGCCUUUGUCUAUAAUACUGAAGGCUACUUCUCUGGAUUCAAGUGUACUCAAGGGCCUAAUAAUUCCAGUGGAAUGUGUGCAGGACAUGAACUAUGCCCAGUAAUGAGAUUUUGUAAUCAACUUCACAUAUUAAAUUAACUCAGGUGCUGAGAUAUUUCUUCAGAUUUCAGAGUGUGGUUCUAAUUACUACUGAGACAACCAACCAUGACCUACCAUUUUCGGAGUAUUUCAGAUUUUCUCUGGAGAUAAAAUUACUUUUUAUUUUUUCUAUCUCCAUCAGAUAUGCUAUGGAAUCUGCUUGGAAUAGCCAUGUCUACUAGCAAUACCUCUUCUCUUUAUUUCUAUCAUCGUUGUUGUUGUUAUUAUUAUUAUUAUUAUUAUUAUUAUUAUUAUUAUUAUUAUUCCUGUAAUUCACGACUUCAGAUGUUAUGAGUAGGUUGGUAUCUACUCCAGGUUGCAACCAGCUUCCUAAGGAGCAGAUCUUUGGGUUGUCGGUGCCUCUACAAUAUUUCGUGCAAGAUGUGGGCUGCUCCCAAUAAAACAAUGUCUUGUACUUUCCAGUCUUUUCAAUGACCUGCAAGUUAAGCCAGUUUCUUACACAAAUUUUGUGGCAAAAAUCCCAGUGCUUGAUAACUAUCGGUAUGACCUGUCCAUAUACUCCCCACACUCGGCUGAUCUCGAUUUCCAAACUCUUAUGUUUAAGACAUUUCUGUCUCCUUAGUUACCACAUUUUGGUCACAUGGCACAUCAACAUCUAAAAGUAUACAUGUUUUUUUCUUCAAAUCCCAGAUAACAAUAUCCACUUUGUUGGCUGCUAUCAUGUGAUCAGUUUGGAUUUGUUGGUCGUACAAAAUUGCACACAGCCCAAUAGAUGUCACCAGUUUUGGUGAGUGUUUGAACUUUUUGGAGCAUGUGUCUGGACCAUGAGAGUGCAUUACAGAUCUGCCAGUGGAGGUUAUUACACACCUUAUUGUGUCUUUUCAAGUAUUCAGUCUUUGCUAGAUUUGGACAAGAUGAGACAAUAUGAUUAAUGGUUUCUUUGUGAUUCUAACA